CUCCGCUGCGCGCUGACGUCACUUCCUGCGCACCGCCCAGUUCCAAGAUGGCGGCGGGCAGCCGGUGGCUCCGGAGCUGCUGCUCCCUGCUCAGGCGAAGCUUCCCUGCUGUGGCCAGUGUCAGGAGGCGCUGCCUCUCGGGCGUGAGCGGCCGAUGGCACCACGUGGUGGGAGUGGGGCUGGGAGUGUCCUUGUGCGCUGUCCCCAUUGUGGAGCAGCAGAAUGUGGUUUCUCUCAGCAACGAUGCCUUGAUUAAAAGAGCAGUUUCCUUGGUCACAGACAGCACUUCUACACUCCUCUCCCAAACAACGUACGCGCUGAUUGAAGCAUUGACAGAGUACACAAAGGCAGUUUAUACACUGGUGUCUCUCUACAAGCAAUAUGCAAACCUUCUUGGGAAGAUGGAUUCAGAAGAGGUGGAUGCAGUUUGGCAGGUGGUGAUAGGAGCCAGAGUUGAUGUGAGAACAAAGCAGGAGGAAUACCUAAGGCUGCAAUCCAGCUGGAUGACAGCGUUACGUCUUUCAGAGAUGGCAGCAGAAGCUGCAUAUCAGUCAGGUGCAGACCAAGCCUCAGUGUCAGCCCGCAGCCACAUUCAGCUGGUGAAAUCACAGGUACAAGAAGUGCAACUGCUGUCCCAGAAAGCAGAGACCAAAUUAGCUGAAGCUCAAACAGAAGAGCUCAUCAAAGCUCAAGGAGAGGAUUCUUCAUUCCCAGAGGGUAUUUUAGGAAGCUCAGAGGCAGGUGAGGACCCUUACCUGCGGGAGGACUGAAAAGAAUUCAGAUGUCACCUUGGAACAUGUGAGAGUCAAUCACAGAUUGAAGGGUCCCAAACUUUUCAGUGUGGGAUAGUGGGAAACUGCUGAAAUAAGCCUGCGAUUCCAUUUUUCAGACAGGACUGCUUUACAGAUCAGGUCAGUUCCAAGUAUCUGAAAGGCCUCGAUCUUGUUUGUAGCUUACUGUGUUUGUAAUACUCAUGGAUUCAGUUAUUUAAAUGUUUAACUAUGCAAAUGUGAAGAUCGCUAUCAAGGAUAGCUGGUUGUUAAUAGUCUCUCUGCUGGGAGGGUCCUACCACUCAUGUGAUAUGUUUGUGACAGCUCUCUUAACUUAGAGGCUAACUGGGUAUCAGCCAAAGAUGUAUUUAAAAGUCACUAUUUUUAACUUGUGAAUGAUGUCCCUUAGGAGGCACCUUUAUUAAACUGUGCAAAAGCA